AGAUAUAUUGAUGGAAUGAUACAAUCAUAAUCUUAGCCCGCCACUUCCGGAAGCUACUUGUAAAGACUCUCCAGCAGCAACGUCUCCAGCAGCAACGUUCUCUCUACCCUUGUUCUGAGCUUUUGGUAAAACCAGCUCAAGUAUCCGUCAACAGGACUGUUUAUUUUGUUCGGUAUUAUUCUGAUAUGACCACCCAACCUUUAGAGAAAAACCUCGAAAACUGCGAAAUUGCCGAACAGGUAAUCACCCCGUGGGAUGUUAAAGGAGAGGAUGAGAAAGGAAUAGACUACGACAAGUUAAUAAAGAAAUUCGGCUCCCAAAAAAUUUCACCGGAGCUGCUAGACCGUUUUACUAAAAUAACAGGUCAUGAGCCUCAUCACUUUCUCCGUCGUGGUAUUGUCUUCUCUCACCGAGACUUCGACCACAUACUGACCUUAAAAGAGCAAGGGAAGCCCUUUUAUUUGUAUACUGGUAGAGGUCCUAGUUCCGGGUCCCUUCAUAUGGGACACUGUGUCCCUUUCAUGUUCACCAAAUGGCUGCAGGAUGUGUUUGAUGUGCCCCUUGUUAUACAGAUGACUGACGAUGAGAAGUUCCUGUGGAAAGACCUGAGUUUGGAGGAAGCCAAUAGACUGGCUUACCUUAACAUCAAGGACAUCAUUGCGUUCGGAUUCAACCCUGAGAAAACAUUUAUAUUCUGUGAUCUGGACUACAUUCCCAGCUGCAAGGAAUUUUAUUGGAACAUAGCCAGAAUUCAGAAAUGCGUGAAUUUCAACCAAGCACAAAAGAUAUUCGGUUUUGAUGAGACAAGUUACAUCGGGAAAGUAUCAUUUCCAGCCAUACAAGCUGCCCCUAGUUUCAGUACUUCCUUCCCCCACUUGUUUGGGAACCGGAAGGUACCCUGCCUUAUCCCUUGUGCCAUUGAUCAGGACCCCUAUUUCCGUAUGACAAGAGACGUUGCCCCACGAUUAAGUCUUCCCAAACCAGCUCUUCUUCACUCCACCUUCUUACCAGCUCUACAGGGAGCUCAAACGAAGAUGAGUUCCAGUGAAGUUAACUCUGCUGUGGAGGUGUGCGAUACUGCAAACCAGAUCAAGAAAAAGAUCAACAAAUACGCUUUCUCAGGAGGUAAAGUGUCAGUUGAGGAGCACCGAGAGUUCGGGGGUGAUACCAGCGUGGACGUGUCCUUCAAAUACUUAACAUUCUUUGAAGAGGACGACGCGAAACUAGCUCAGAUAAAGGGGGAUUAUGAGAGUGGGGCUAUGCUUACUGGUGAGCUAAAGAAGUUACUGAUAGAGAAGUUACAAGGUAUUGUAAAGACGUUCCAAGAAAGUAGAGCUGCUGUCACAGAUGCAACCGUUGAGCAGUUCAUGUCUCGAAGUCCCAAGUCUUAGAGUUUCAAUUUUACUUUUAGGGUUUCUAUUUAAUAAAUCCUUUUGCUGUGAUUCUGAGCUUAGCGUUGGUUAUGUGUGGAAUGUUCUUUGAAAUAUGUAAAUGUUUUUCAUACUUUUGUGGGAAUUACUAAUUUUGUGAUCAACAUUCAUACACGAGUAGGAUAAAGGAUUUAGAUUGUAAGGUGAUUGUAAGGUUAGGCCUGUCUUGCCAAUGCAAA